AUGCGAGUCGAGCUCUGCCGCCGCCGAGUGUUGCGAAAGGCGACAUGUAUCGAGAGUCUGAGGUCCCGUUCGCCCAAUCAACUUUCUGCUCUGUACGGAGGCCCGCAACAAGCUGGAACGGCAUUCUUGCUCUUACACCAACAUCACCUUCUCUCACCUUGCAUCGCUGAUUCAAUGCAGGCAUACCUGGCAGACGCCACAUGCAUGCACUGGUUGAUCAAGCGCUGCAUCGCCACGCAUCUACUCAGCCAUGGUAAGGCGUGCGGUUCGCACAAUGACUGCAAAACUCUCACUGCCCAUAUCUCAUCAAGCCUCUCAAUUCGCGUCAAAAUGAAAGAAAUGCAGAAGAACGAUGCGGAUAAACCAGACACAAACGAGGUAGAUGAGGAGUCCCCACCAUCAUACGAAGAAGCUGUGGAGUCUCCAUACGCAUUGCUGGUGCAGCCUGUCGAGGAUUCCGAGACUCUCGAGCUUUUAAUCAAUGCCACGUCUUCCAGCAUGCCCCAGUCCGGCACAUUUUCCCGAUGGAAGAGCAUAGCCAGAACACCUACCCCGACAAAGCCGCUGCAACUGGUACCUCUUGAUCCAAAGGCAAUAAAAUGCAGAUGCGGAAAGCACAACGAUACUACCCAGUCCUCCCCGGGUUUCCCGCAAGGCUGUGUUAGGUGCACAUGCAAAUACUUGGUCUUUUCCGACGGAAGCUCGCACCACGAAGCAAGUCCCAUCACAUGCCCAAGACCACGAUGCGGCCGUCAGAUCCCGAGGAUUUCUGGAAUAUGUUCUUUGCGCAAAUUGACGGGAAAGCCUUCAAUGAGGAGAAGAUCAGAUGCCUCUGUAAAGCUGUUGUUGACACUACCCAGCGCUCCACAAUCAAACACUGCUAUGAACUACCCAAAGGGAGCGCCAGAUGUACUUGUGGGCGAACAGUACGACGGGAUGGCAGCAGCAUCCUGGAACAUCCGAACAGCUGUUGUGGGAUCAGACGGAAUAUCAGUAAGGAGAGCCAGAGCAAGAAAUGAACUAUGCUUUGCUUACACUCAAUUCUCAACAACAACAAUAACAACAACAAAACUUCGAGUCUUCAACUUUCCGUGGUCUGGCAGCAAUGCGAACCAUAUGCUCCGCUCCAUAGAUACAUUGUUCACGUUCUAUAAUUGGCUGUCGAUCACCUGUUUGUCGGCCAAUGGAACGAGUUCGUCUAUGCAAUUAGGCCUAGCUGCAUGGCGCCAAAAUUCGGACAAGGCAACCAGCAACUUCGCGGUGCACACGUGGAAACCUGGGCGGCCUCUCAAUUCUAUGUGUCCCUACGACAUUGAAGCCCAGCGGGUGCUCGUCGCCGCUUUGAAGCUCGACGCAAAUGUGGAAACGAAUAUUCCCAUAUCGAAGCCAGCGGGCACGCAAGAAUCCAUGCAGUGCAGCCCAGCCCUGCCGGAUAAGGCCACAGCAAUUCUGGACGGUGUUAAAAUCCAGGAAGCUGCCACAGGAACUUUCACCUGGCUUGUACGUCCGACAUCCGGCUUCGGAGACUGGAUCUCGAACUUCCCGCGAAAAGACAUCUUAUGGGUAAUGGGCAAGGCCGGCUCUGGUAAAUCUACUUUCAUGAAGUUCAUGGUCAAUAAUUUGGACAUUCAUGGCCUACUGCAGUCAUCUGCCGGAGACAGGAAAGUUUUGGUACUGCGGCACUUCUUUUGGUACGACGGCAUCCACGAGCAGACGUCAUUUUCUGGCCUCAUGCGCAAUUUGCUCCAUCAACUUUGUCUGGCCGAUUCAAACCUCAUUGAAGCAUCUUUCAAGCCGCGCUGGGACAAGACUCGACUCGUCUGGGCAAAACCUUGGAAUGAGACCGAACUCUGGGAAAGCCUUGUGCGCAGCCUUCAAAGUGCCGAUUUUGAGGUUUGCGUGUUCAUUGACGCCUUGGACGAAUGCAAACCUUCAAGUAGGCAUCCUUUUGUGCGGGAUAAAUUACGGGAGUUUUCGAAAAUGACAAAUGUGAGGAUAUGCGUUUCCGCUCGCUCAUCGGAAAGAUUAUCAUUUCCCCCAGCAGUGGAUGAUAUGCAUAUUCAAUUGGACGAUCGCACCUACCCAGAUUUGCGAUGUUUCGCGGCGGCUCGUCUGGCCAACACGGGACUCACAAGCAGCGAAAUCGAACAACUUAUGGGGUAUUUCUCUGGGGCAAUCUCGUCGUCGAAUCACUUUGCGAGCGUGCAGGCGUGGAUCCUGAUUUCAAACGACUUCGUCGGUGCCUUACUACAAGAAGAUGGUCUACGAUCGCAUACACAGCAUACGAUCGCAUUCUUGAUCGAACAUGGCGCCUCCAUGGACUGCAAGCUAGAGCUGACGCUUGGCAAUGAAGAGAACAAGAUGGUGAUAGUGCCAACAGAUGUUGCUGCCGCCAUCACAGCAUGCGUGCCUGAGGAGUUGGAAGAUGAAUUGGAAGCGACCUUUUGGCCGCUCGCCUAG